AUGCUCUCACAACGACCGUUUGUGACUCCUCUCGUUACAGGGGCAAGAAGAAGUUCCUUCUUUUAGGCGUAGGGAUCCUCCUGAUUUUUCUCGUAGGAGGCGCAGCCGUAGCCGCCACGAUGAUGAGUAAAGGAAAAGGAGGCGGCGGCGAUGACGAUUCUGAUUCGGAUGGACAGGAUUCCACCGAUCCUCCAUACUCCAUACCGCCGCCCCCUUCGGAUAACGCGGGGACGCCAGCGCCGGGGCCGACCCCGACAACGACGACCCCAUGGCCACUCUUCGACACGGUUAAGCAUCCUCUGCCUUCCCAGCCGCUGAUCUGUACAGUCAGCCACGCACGGUUGGAUCCGAUUCCAACCUCCGUACCGGAUGGUCUGUGCCUCUUCUUGAUGUACAGGCCUGCACGAACCCCGUUCACGGCACCACCUGAUGCAGUUUUGACCAGGUUCACCGCCCUUGCGUCCAAGUUGUCCAAGACACGGUGUGGCAUUGAUAUCGCGCAAGAAAUCCGACAAAAUGCUAUCGGCCAGUUGGCCAGCAGCAUGAGCGCGACUACGGAUCUUUACAAAAAGAAGGUGUACGACUACAGCGCCCUCGACUUCGACAUCACGGUGGCGAUGUCGGAUGCGGACGUGACUCAGUUCAUUGGCUUUCUCAAGAACUUCAGCUCGAUCCAGGAUUACAACAGAAGGACCAUAACUGGCCCCUUUGGCUACAUAUUCGUUGGUGUCUCCCCCAUCGGAAGAGACUCGGGUGACACGUUCAAAGAUCGCGUCCAACGGAUCAUCAAUGAAGUAAAGCCAGAUGCCAUUUUGUUCCUGACGACCUACCUUCGAACAGACAUUACGAAAUACAACUGUAGGGUAUCUGCUCCGUCAAUGUGGACCGACGCAACAAUGCCUGAUCAGCCGACAUUUGUGAAAGCGCUGGAGUUGCGAAAUCGCUUAACCAUACCUGCCAACGUGGCCCAGCUUCUGUCUCUUACUGCGCACGGAAGGUGGGCGCAAUUUGGACCGAACCAGAUACCGGCUAAAAGUGACCGUGGAAAGCCCAUCUCCUUCGAUGACAAUCGGAUAUGCAUUGCUACAGAAGCGUCCGAUAUUGUGGGCUAUACAUGUGCAAACAGCGGUUCAGAAAACUACUCAACCUACCAUGAUGACAGAUAUGUUGGCAAUCAAGACUUGUGCGAUGAAAAAAGGCUGUCACGAAUCAUACGUUCAAGCUGGCCGGAAUGGACCGGCGGCUACGAUAGCGUGAGGCUCAUGAGACUCAAAAUGUGCAUGGCAUACAGGGACUAUGGCUUUCGCGGAGGCUGGGUGAUGUUCGACCUGCAGCUCAGUGAUGUAUCGGGCUAUUGUUUCGUCGAUGGGAUCCCGUAUGGAUUCAUACGUGCUGUUAAGGGAUACGCAUACCAAACACAAAGUUGCGACACCGUAAAGUUCGCGUGUGUUGUCCAAACGGUCAGCAGUCGGAAGAUUCUGCAACGUCAUCUUCUAUUGUAGAAAUAAAAUCCCUGCCGAGUCUA